CUCCAAUGCUACAAUCUGCACGGUGCACAUGUGGCAUGAGAGAGAUAGACACAAAAUAUUGAUUUUAUGACAUUUUCUCUCAUUCUUUCUACGGUCUUAUGUGUUUUUUGUAAGUUUUUGUUUGCAAUGUCAACCACAAUAUCUACAUCUAGACAUUGUGUUUGACAUUGUGAAGAAAAAUUUAUCAAAAUGAUGUAAGAUUCUUCAAAUAAAGAGAAAGAUAUUCUAUUUAUUAUUUUUUUAAUUGAUUAUUUCUUGUGCCACUUAACCAAAUUAAAGUUUUAGCAUUGGUGGAGAUGCUCUAGACACCCUUCCUGUCAUAUUUCUCGGCGGGGAGAAACCCGCUAUGGAAACCCAACACCAACCAUAUUAUUGGGGAGGCAUCCCAGAGGAAGACUACUAUGCUCUUCAAGGUAUCAAUUCGUCCAAGUCUUUCUUCCACUCCCCUAGAGGCUUGACCCUAUUCACCAGAUCAUGGGUACCCACAGAGACCUGCAACCGAUCGCCACGUGGCGUCAUAUUUAUGGUCCAUGGGUACGGGAAUGACAUCAGCUGGACAUUUCAGGCAACCCCAAUCUUCCUAGCCCAGAAUGGGUAUGCUUGCUUUGCCCUUGAUCUGGAAGGUCAUGGCCAGUCCCAGGGCCUCAAGGGGUAUGUACCCAAUCUGGAUCUUGUUAUAGAGGACUGUCUCUCAUUCUUCAAUUCCAUCACCCUCCAGAACCCCCAAUUCCAGGACCUUCCCCAAUUCUUGUUCGGCGAGUCCAUGGGAGGAGCUAUUUGUCUGCUGAUCCACCUCAAGAACCCCGACCGGUUCAGUAAUGGUGCCAUCUUAAUAGCUCCCAUGUGUAGAAUCUCUGAAAAGGUCAGACCUUCUUGGCCCAUCCCUCAAAUCUUGACUGCCCUUUCCAUUUUUGCACCCACUCUCCCAAUGGUGCCUACUGCUGAUUUGCUUGACAAGUCUGUUAAAGUCCCGGAGAAGAAAAUCAUUGCCCGGAUGAAUCCGCACAGGUAUAGAGGGAGACCAAGGUUGGGAACAGUGGUGGAGCUGUUGAGGGUUACUGAUUAUGUUAGCAGCAAAAUAUGCGAUGUUGCUUUUCCGUUCAUUGUGUUUCAUGGGAAAGACGAUGUGGUCACGGAUCCGGAAGUGAGCAGGGAAUUGUAUGAGAUGGCAAGAAGCAAGGACAAAAGCAUCAAGAUUUAUGAGGGGAUGAUGCAUUCGUUGUUGUUCGGGGAGACCGAUGAAAAUGUCCAGAUCGUCCGAACUGAUAUCUUGAAUUGGCUUGAUCAAAGAUGCCUCUAAAACAAUCUCUCUGUAUUGUUGUUGUUUGGAACGAAUUUGUGCUGAGUAUAUUACUAUCCUAAAUUAUACUCCGUACAAAUUAUAAUUCUUCAAUGUUUCCUCCUGAAAUGCUGGCAAAUACGGAGUAAUAGAGAUAAGAUUUGAUUUGACAUGAAUUUUUGGUAACCAUGUUAUAAGAAAGUGAAAAAUAAGAGAUUGGG